AUGUCCCAAACGCAGACCAUUCACCAAAGUCUCUCUACCGAGGUCCCCCUUUCCGUACUUAGGCCAGAGGCAGUUUCAUCAUCACAAAAUACACCAUCUCGCCCCCUGUCUGACCCAUCGUCAUCUCCUCUUGAAUCAACAUCGAAUUUUGCCCUGAUCUUGAAAAUUACAUCAUCAAUCCUUGCCUUUUUCACCGCCGGUCUCAAUGAUGGUAGUCUCGGUUCUCUCAUCCCUUACAUAUUAGACACAUAUUCGCUUUCCACAUCAUCCAUCGCCUUUCUAUAUCUCUCCUGCUUUCUCGGCUGGGUAAUUGCGGCAAUUACUAUUCCCUUUCUCCAAACCCAUCUACGUCUGGGCAUUGGUGGGAUACUACUUCUAGGUGCGAGUUUGCAACUUUUGACUCAAUUUAUAAGAAUCUGGGGGUCCCCAUGGCCAUUGUUCGUAGUGAGCUUUGGUCUGGCGGCUCUAGGUCAGGCAUACCAAGAUGCUCAAGCAAAUACUUAUAUAGCCCAGGUUGGUGACAAGGCACAUCGGUGGUUGGGUGUGGUACACGCGGCGUAUAGUGUGGGGUGUUUGCUUGGUCCAUUGGCUGUAACUGGCAUUGCAACUGUCAAGCCGGUGCACUGGAUGGAGAGUUAUGGGGCUUUGGCUGGAGUUGCAGGCUUGAAUGUUUGUGUGGUAGCUUGGGCCUUUGCAAGAGAUAUAGUGACCAAAACGCGGCAUGAUCAAGAUAGCGAAGAACAAGGUGAAGAAAGUGAACAAAGUGAUCAUGCAAGAAGAGGAAAUGCAAUGUGGAGAGAUAUUGGGGAAGUCCUGAGAGAAAAAAGCGUCUGGAUUAUCAGUUUUUUCUUUUUCUUUCAUUUGGGUAGCGUCAUAACCAUCGGCGGUUGGCUAGUGACUUACCUCCUCACUCUCGCGCCCAAUUCAGGAAUCCAAGCUUCAUCGAUUGGCUACCUUCCCACUCUCUUCUACGCAGGAAACGCACUCGGUCGUCUCUUCCUCAUCGAACCUACUCAUCGAUUCGGUGAAAAGCCAAUGAUCCUCCUCUAUUCCUUGCUAUGCAUUAUUCUCCAGAUCAUUAGCUGGAGACUCUCCAGUCUAAUUGGCAGUGUCGUCAUUGUAUGUUUACUCGGAUUCCUUCUGGGACCAUUUUUCCCAGCAGCAAUUACGCAUACCAAACUACUUCUUCCGUCGAGAAUCAUUACACCUGCCUCGAGUAUAAUUUUUGUGAUUGCGCAAGCCGGUGGAAAUAUAUUUCCAGCUAUGACUGGUAUUUUGGCGGCGAAUUUGGAUGGUGGGGAUGGGGCAGGAGCUAGAGUUUUGCAACCAGUCGUUUUAGGGCUGUUGGGGUGUAUGAUGGGGGCUUGGUGGUUUGUUCCGGGGGUUGAUCUAGCCAUCGAUGGUAAUCAACCUGAAAGUGGUAUUCGUAUUCUUGCUGGAAAAGGUUGGAGUAACGCAGAUGCUGUAUUACCCGACGAUUGGAAAGUAGCUUUACCUUUCACCAAAACUUCCUAUUCUAAGAUAUUAUCUGCUUCGUCUUUCAAUAUUCCAAGCAACUUUCUUCAAAUCCACCGUAGUGGGAUCACUCGAUCUUUCAAAACUACUUCUACAAGCUCUCAAACCGAAUUACUAACAACCCUCACGUUCAAACUCGGAUCUGCCAUCAAUAACUGGAAUCUCCUUACUUUGAGUAAAAGCUCUAGUACUCGCAUAACCACUGGCCUCUUUAUCGCACACGAGGACAUAGAUAUCGUUCCUUUACCAUUCAACGUCGAUUCCUAUCUGGGAGUUAGUCAGCCAUGGUGUAUCGCUAGGCUAUUCAUACGUCAUAAAUUAAAGCAAUUAGAUGACAGAAUCAACAAUACGGAAGUUGAUAUCAACGCAAUUGAAAGUGUUACCGGUCAGCACAAUAGAUGGGUUGAUACCGACAAAAUACAAAAUUCUAACAAUCAAGGUGAUGAAAACUAUGUUUCCUCAAUAGAUCCGUUACACAUAGACUUCAUAGGUACGACUACCGAUUUGAGCAAAGCAGAGUAUAGUGUGGCUGGACUUUCAGUCUGUAUCAAAGGAGCAUUGUUUGCAACAAAGGUGUUAGAUGGACUGGACCAGGAAGGGAAGCAGACAAUUGGAGAAUUGAGGGAUCAUUGCGAGCAUAUGCUUUUAAAGAUGGAGUAUCUACAGAUGAGAAGGGAUGCUCUACUUUCUGUCAUUCAACAAUUCCAAGCAGAAGCCUCUGCUCGCCGUGCCAUAUUCUUGACGGAAGCUUCAACCGACCUUGCAAAAGCGAGUAGGAAGGAUAGCGAGGUCAUGAAAAUCAUUGCUAUAGACACAAAACGAGACUCAAAAGCCAUGAAAACGAUCGCUAUUCUAUGAAUGGUUUUCUUGCCGGGAACUUUCAUUGCAUCAGUCUUUGCAAUGCCAGUGUUCACUUGGACACCUGACGGCUCCAUGAUAAUACAAAAAGGCUUUGGGUAUUACUGGGCUGUCACAGUUCCGUUAACAUUGAUAAUAUUGGUGGCCUGGGCUGUAAGCAUGGUAAUCCCACAUCGCCAUAAAGGGGUGUUAAGCGAUGAGAUUGAGCUGGAGAGUCUUCGCCCCGUAUCAAUUAACAAAAGACCGACAAACAAUAUACUUAGACCUUCAAAUUCAAUGAGUCGGAGUUGAAAGCCUUGAAUUGACGACGCGAGAUCACAAAUUUCUUUACGCCCUAGCCACAGAUCCUCGAAUCACAGAGCCAGAAGUUCUACCCGGAUUUUGAGGAAUUCUGCGAGCAAUUGACGAAUUUCGAACGAUAACUGAAACAAAACGUAGCAAUCGGUGAGAGCAUCUGGCGUAAGUCAAUUGACUUCGGAUGAUAGCUAUAGAAGUAUAUACUCAAUCAGCAAUAAUGAAUUGGAGGGCAGAAGGCCACUUGGUGGAGAUUGACUUCUCAGUGAAUAUUCUUAGCCCAAAUGGGGUUUCUCAGUCUUCCAGAUCAGAUUCGACAAUCAAAUAUUCCUUCAGAUUUGAAACCUAGAGAAUAUAGUUUGGUGUGUGAUUUGUAUCGUACAAAGCGUGCUUUUUAUUUUUUCACUCCUCUCCGCUCUCGCGAAUUUACCCCUUCAUCUGAACCGAGAG